AUGGAUAAGUCAAACCAAGAGAUUACGACGCGCUCGAUGGAUACCGUUCGAUUAAUAGAAGAAGAGAAAAAAUUCACCAGAUUCGCAUCACUCUCUGACGAAGUUAAGCUUCUGAUCUGGAAAUUCGCCGUAAAUGCCAUUCCACCCCGAGUCAUCGAGUUUGAAGCAAAUCUUCCGAAAUCCGAUGGGAGACACAUCGGGACCCAAAUAAGAACCGGUCGUGCAACGAAGAUUUACCGAUAUGGCGAUGAUGAGUUUCCAAUCAUAGACUACCACGGCCGUCUUACUUUUCGAUGUGCCUUUUCGACCGAAUUUCAACAUGCUAAUGGAAGCCCUCCUGCUCUCUUACACACCACCCGUUCAUCUCGAGAGAUAGCACUCAAAUCCUAUCAAUCUUGCUUCUCCUCUUUCCUAGAACGGCCAAUUUACUACAAUUAUGAGAAAGAUCUUGUUUAUAUCGAUCGAUUGAACAAUGCGAAAAGGGAUAUCACUUACAGGAAGAAUCCUUUUGAAAGGGCAUCGGAAGAGGAUAAAAGGCGGAUUACCCGCUUGGCGUUCAAUUAUGAUAACCUGCACAUGGAUUCAAACCCCUGGCUUGAAUCUUUCACCCGAUAUUUGGUCCAGCAUUUGGGAAAUGUUCACGUAAUAACUUUUCUCCUGCGUAAAUUGGCUAUCAAGAAUUUGCAAGACAACAAGGCUCACAAGGAUGGCACAUUCAUUUUGGACAGAAAACUUUGGGAUAGAGGCAGCAAUGAUGGAACUGAAAUUUAUAGAAAUUUCGAUACGGAUGAGGAGGCGGAGAAGGAGGAGGAGGUGAAGAAGAAUGAGGAGGAGGAGGAGGAGGAGGAGGAGGAGGAGAAAGUCUUUGACGCUUUUAGCGAUAUUGAUGAUGAUACUAAAGGAUCAGGCUACUUUGAUAGUUUAGGCGGACAUGUUGAUGAUGACAUCACGGUUGCAGAUGAUGGCAAUGAUAGUGACGACGAAAUUCCGAGCUAUGACAGCGAGAAUGACUUUGAAAAUUUCUGUCUUCAUACUGCUGCGUUACAUCGUAACUAUGAUGGUUUAGAGGAGACGUCGGAGCAACUACAGAGAGAUUGGAAAUUGGCAAGGUGGGAAUGGUGGGAGCCUGUAUGGGAAGAAUUCUUCGAUGAAAGAGAUGAACAUCCAACUUUUGACGAUGUUACUUUUCCAGAAGAAGAGCUUCUAGAUAAUCCUGACUGGACGGUUCCACGUGUGCAGCUCGUAAGUUUCGAGGAAAUGGGCUGCCCGAUAUCGGAUUAUAAUAAGCAUUGUUUCUAUCCGGAGGAGGAAUUCGUUUGUGCCUGCGAAUCUGAUGAUGAUUUUGAGCUGCUCGGAUCUUCUGACUGGGAGGGUUAUAAUUCGACUGCUGAAGAUGAUUUGUAG